AAUGAGGAGGAGUUUGGCUCCUAGCAAAGUUACAGGAGAUAAAAGAAAGCAGAUAGAUGCAACUGAUGAAGAUUGGGACCCAAGAAAGAGAUCAAAAAAAAAAAUGAAAGAAAAUUUGUCAUCCGAUGAUAACCGGAACUUUUUGUCUCCUUAUAGGCUACCUCUGAAAUCGACUGUUGACAAUGUCGAAAAUACUGAUCAUGAAAAUUCCAUUGAAAACAUUCUCAGCCGGCCUUUCAAAUUAUCUCUGCCAAAUUAUCAAAGUUCCAGAACCAAUAAAGUUUUGGGUCUAAGACGGUUAGGUGCUCGAGGUGCCUUAUACGACCCUGAUGAAGAGGGUGCACUUGUCUUAUAUUCACCCCCGGAAAUAUCUGCUCACGAUCAAAUGAAAACUCAACCAAACGAUCAGUUGGUACAUAUUGUGGUCGAUCCUAAUCUAACGAAAGUCUUAAGACCUCAUCAACGUGAAGGGGUGAAAUUUAUGUAUGACUGUGUGACUGGAAUUCAAAUAGAAAAUUACUUUGGUUGUAUUAUGGCCGAUGAAAUGGGUCUUGGAAAAACUCUUCAAUGUAUUACUCUAAUGUGGACACUACUGAAGCAAGGCCCGGAAGGACGGCCGUCAAUUACUAAAGCAAUGGUUGUAGCGCCUAGUAGUUUAGUAAAAAAUUGGUAUAAUGAAAUAAAUAAAUGGCUAGGUAGCAAAGUCUUGGCUCUUGCAAUAGAUUCAGGGUCUAAGGCUGAAAUUGAUGAUAAACUAGAAAAUUUCAUGACUUCGGCAAGAACUUCGACUCCAAUACUAAUAAUAUCAUACGAAACUUUUCGACUUCAUGCUGAAGUUAUGCAUAAAUCAGAAAUUGGCUUAGUUAUUUGUGAUGAAGGCCAUCGUUUGAAAAAUUGUGAAAACCAAACUUACUCUGCCCUGGAACAGUUGCAAGCGAAAGGAAGAGUCCUACUCUCUGGGACGCCCAUUCAGAAUGAUCUCCUCGAAUAUUUUUCACUCCUUAAUUUCGUAAAUAAAGGUUUAUUAGGUUCUGCCAUUCAGUUUAGGAAAGCUUUCGAAACCCCAAUACUUCGCGGUCGUGAUGCGGACGCAAGUGAAAAUGAUCGAAAGAAAGGAGACGAAAAAUUGAGAGAGCUCUCUGGAUUGGUCAGUAAAUGCAUUAUAAGACGAACACAAGCACUACUGACAAGAUAUUUACCGGUAAAAAUUGAACAAGUUGUGUGUUGCAAAUUAACACCACUGCAAACAGCACUGUAUAAAAAAUUCGUUUCCUCCAAAGCUGCUCAAUGUGAGAUUAAAAAGGGUAAAGUUUCUGUUUCAUCUCUCUCAGCAAUUACAACUCUGAAGAAAUUAUGCAAUCACCCAGAUCUAAUAUAUGAAAAAUGCUUAGAGGGCAGUGAGGGUUUUGAAAAUACAAUGGAAUUAUUUGGCAAUCAUGACACAAAAUUGGUUCAACCAGUUUUAUCGGGAAAACUACUUGUCCUUGACUACUUGUUAGCCAUGAUGAAAGCUGAAACUUCUGACAAGAUAGUUCUUGUGUCUAACUAUACUCAGACUCUGGAUUUAUUCGAACGUUUAUGCAAGCAAAGGAAAUAUCUAUAUGUUAGGCUAGAUGGGACAAUGUCAAUAAAAAAGAGAGCUAAAAUUGUUGACAAAUUUAACAAUCCAGCCAAUCCAGAAUUUAUAUUCAUGUUAAGUAGUAAAGCAGGAGGAUGUGGCUUAAAUUUAAUUGGUGCUAACAGAUUAGUUAUGUUUGAUCCCGAUUGGAAUCCAGCAAAUGAUGACCAAGCUAUGGCGAGAAUUUGGCGUGACGGACAGAAGAAAGAAUGCUUCAUAUAUCGUCUAAUUGCCACUGGAACGAUUGAAGAGAAAAUACUUCAGAGACAAGCGCACAAAAAAGCCCUGAGUUCUUGCGUUGUUGAUAAAGAGGAAGAUGUUACAAGACAUUUCAGUGUUGAAGAACUUAAGCAUCUAUUCAGAUUAGAUGAGAAUACUCUUAGUGAUACUCACGAUAAAUUUAAAUGUACUAGGUGUAUUAAUAAAAUACAAGUAAAGCCACCACCUGAAGGAAGUGACUGCAAUAGUGAUUUGUCACAGUGGUACCAUUGCGCGGACAAGAAAGGCGUAACAGAUACUUUAUUAAAAAGUGCUUGGAAAAAUUCAAUUUCAUUUGUUUUUCAUCAUCGAUCCCAUGACAAACAAAGGGUGACUGUAUGA